GCGCCUUCGGACGACAGCACUUCUAGUCCAACCGGUCAACAAAAUGAAGUUUGCAGGGUUUGUUCUACUCGCCCUCGCAGUGUCCUGUGGUGCCACAUUCAAGGGAGGUGGAAAGAAAGGUGGAUACGGUGGAUACAGUGACGAGGUGCUCGUACUGGCAGCUCCACAAGUAGGAUAUGGAGGAGGAUUCCAUCACGCAGGAUAUGGUGGAGGAUUCCAGCCGGCAGGAUAUGGUGGAGGGUUCCAACAAGUAGGAUAUGGAGGGGGAUUGCAGAAAGGAGGAUAUGGACAUGACAGCUUUGAACAUAUUGACCACAGUGCAAUAAGCCAUGGAGGUGGAUAUGGAGGUGGAAUUCAACACGUUGGUUUUGAUGGAGGUUACCACAAAGGAGGAUAUGGAGGAGGAUACCAUCAACCCUUGGCUGUCGCUCCAGUUCAGUUGGUGCACGUGCGUCCAGUUCGAGUUCGACCUGUGCGUGUAAGACCAGUUUAUGUCCAGCCAGUCCCCAUCCAACCAGUUCAUAUUCAACCAGCCCCUAUACAACCAGUACAUGUACAACCAGUACACAUCCAGCCCCAUUACCAACCACAGUACCAGCAACCAGUGCAGCUGGUGCAGGUGGUAGGAGGUGGUGGUUACGGGUACGGCGGAGGAAAGAAGGGAAAGGGUGGUUAUGGUGGUGGUUUCGGGCACGGAGGAGGCAAGGGAAAGGGUGGAUAUGGUGGUGGUUUCGGCAAAGGAAAAGGGAAGUUUUAAUAGAAGAAUAGCUCUAAAUUAGUUACUGAAAUAACUUGUUGAUAAAAAUAUGAGCCUUUAUUCCAAAAUCAGUUUGUAAAAUCAGGAAAACGUUACAAGUUAUUAUCCUGUACUGAUGAAAAACAGAAUAAAUGGUAAACACGAA